AUGGAAAAGUUCACCACCUCAUUCCCUCCCCCACUGAAGUUGGGAAAUGCCAUCGAUGACUGGAAAUUCGAAGACCUUACGAGGGCUAUUGGGAGAGUCUACCCCGAGGUCGAUCUGGCUGAGGUCCUCGCCUCUCCCAAAGCAGACAUUAUACUACGCGAUCUUGCUAUCACCAUCGCACAACGUGGUGUGAUCGUUUUCAAAAACCAGAAGAACCUCACCCAUGAGCAGCAAAAGUACUUCACAAACCGUCUUGGCCAGCUCACCGGCAAGCCUGAGGAAUCGGGUGUCCACAUCCAUCCCAUCAACCACACCACUACCAAAGAGGGCGAUGUUGACAAGGAGAUCUCAACUAUCGCUCGAAACCCCGCCAACAUGCUGUCCAAGCAGACUGGUGUCGUGGCAUCGGGGGGAAAGGCGCUCAAGAAGCAGAGUGUUGCUGAUGGCUGGCACUCUGACAUUGCAUUUGAGCGUGUCGCAUCGGAUUAUACCACCCUCAAGAUGGGUGUCCGCCCUAGUACCGGAGGAGACACAGUGUUUGCAAGUGGGUAUGAGAUGUACGACCGCCUCUCGCCCCCUUUCCGUGCCUGGCUGGAGACCUUGACUGGCCGCUUUUCGCCUGUUGGUUACGAGCCCGACCCGGCAGUUGCCCACAAGUACAGCUUCCCGCGAGGACACCCAACGAACAUUGAUCAGUCGUUGACGGCAGAGCAUCCCAUGAUCCGCACGAACCCCGUUACGGGAUGGAAAUGCGUCUUCGGUGUUGGGCACCAUCUCCAAGAGGUCUAUGGGCUUGCACCAGCUGAGAGCAAGUGGAUCGAGAACUUCCUCGAGGAUAUGAUCACCAAAAACCACGACCUCCAGUGCCGAGUCAAGUGGGAUGUUAAUGAUCUGGCUGUGUUCGACAACCGCUCUCUGUCGCACACCGCAACAUAUGACUACGAUGAGCCUCGCGUCUGCUACCGGGUGGUGGCUGUUGGUGAGGCGCCGGCCUUGGACCCCAAGUCUGUCUCCCGCAGCGACGCUCUUGGCCUUUGA